AUGCUAAAGGCAAAUACUGGGAGUGGACUCGAGUUGGAGCCAUUGCUGCCGGGAAGCAGAGGAAGUGGGAAAGCCACGCUGACCCCGUCCCCGGAGCCGUUCUUCUUCGAAGACCUGGAGAUCAAGAUCAUGGAGACUGAUCUGCACCGAGAUUCGCCCUUUGCCAGCACGCCUGCGAGCCUCGGGGACGCCAUCUCUCCGACGGGAGCCACGGCGGGCAACAGCGUCGCUAGCAUUUCGUCGCCGGGACCAGCAGGACUCAUAGCAAUGUCGCACAUCUUGAUCCAAUGUCGGAAUAGCAAGUGUCCGAAUGGAUGCCACAUUGAAGAGGCGCAAAAGCUGUACAAAACUUGCAAGAACUGUCACACCUACUACUGUUCCAGGGAGUGCAGAAGAGCACACAAGCCAAAGCAUCAAAAGCACUGCAUGCAGCUCAGAGCAUCUUCCCUACUUACUGACCUCAUGCAUCAAAUCAGAGAUGUGCCAGAAUGCUUCCUCCAGUUAUCAAAACUCGCUCGCCAGGGCUACUUGAGCCGAGGCGCUGGCUGUGUGAAGCUUUUCUUCCAAACUGUGGAUGAGCUCCAGGACUUCCUGAACACGUUCAAAACCGACAGCAACGGAGGCAUGCAGCCUGUUUAUACGCCUGUCACUGACCUCAUGCCGGAAGAAAUGGGUCCAGAUAACUACAGGUCGCAUAUACCCGUGAAUCCCCUGCAGCUGAGACAGGAAGCAAUCAUCACGCAAGACGUCGAAGAGCAGGAAACGAUCAUAUUCGUUUCCCCGCUAGGAUUCGGCAAUGAACGCUCGGGUCGGAUACUGUGCCGUGAUGCGAUAAUCGCGCAACUCACUGAUCAUGGAGUGGACCUAGCUGUGGAGUUUCCGGACGUGGAUCGUCGCUUGGGUGCCUACGUGGAGCGGAAUGAAAGUUUUGGCCACGUGAUAUUCUAUCCCCGAGACGCAGAGACGAGCAAAUUCUUCAUGUGCAUUGUCAUGUUGGAAGUUGAUCCUGACCGUUUCGGAAAUCUGCCUGCGGACAUAAAUAAUGUCAAGGUGUUACAUAUUCACGAGGGUCCCAUUAAACUUGUCGUGAUUGUCAGUGAAAGUGCUUCAGGAUGUCAAGUUCGAUGUGUGGGCGGUCAUGGGUUGCGCCGUGCUGACAGUGGCUUCCUCACAUUAGAAACGACAUCGAAGACCUGCGAUUGGGAGAGCAAUGAUGAACUGCGAAGAAGAAAUAUCAUUGGUUUUCUUUUCCUGGAGGGCCAUGAGGAGAUAAUAUUUCAGCCGUACACAGUCCUCAACAUCGUCAACGAUACUACUGCAUGA